AUGGGUAUUCAAGAGAGUUUCGCCUCAAAAUCAUGGUUCGGUUUCGAUCUAGAUGACACGCUCCACGAAUUCCGACGAGCAUCGGCCGACGCCUCAACCCGUGUCUUCGAAACCAUUCACAGCUCAAGCAAGAAGACGAGCGUAGAUAUUCUCAGAAAUACAUAUCAAGAUAUACUGCGCAGUGCAACCGCAAAUGCUUUCACAGAUGGCAGGACCUCAAGCGAGUACCGGCGCGAACGGUUCGGGCGUCUUCUCCAGGUGUACGGGCUCAUUGAUGACUCUCUGCUGGGUCGUCUACUAGAGGUAUACCAAGACUCACUACGCGAGAACUUGACUCUCAAGACGGGUGCAUUGCACCUUUUGCAGACUUUGCGAGGGCCGGGAAAGAAAGUCAUUGUCAUUACGGAAGGCCCGGCGGAUGCGCAGGAGUGGACAGUCCAGGAACUCGGGAUACGGUCUUAUGUCGAUGUUCUUGUGACUACUAACGAGGUCGGCAAGUCUAAGGUCGAUGGGCUCUUUGGUGUUGUGCUGGAGAAAUAUGGUAUCGCCGCUGAAGAUAUUGUAUACUUUGGUGACAAUGGGAUUCGCGAUGUUCAGGCUGCGCGGGAGGAGGGGAUACUGGCUGUUCUUUAUGAUGAAAAACAUAAGUCUCGCUUGUAUGAUAUCAAUGCACUACGAGUGGAUUCGUGGAUUGUUGUAGAAAAGGUACUCGUCCAUGGAGAGUAA